GAAGAAACAAAUAUCACGUUGAAUACAGUUGACAGCAUUGAUUCGUUUGUGCAUGAUAUACAAAAUGGCCAUUGGGAUACUGUGCUGAAAGUGAUUCAGCCUCUUAAAUUACCUGCAAAGAAAUUAAUUGAUCUCUAUGAACAGAUUGUGAUUGAAUUGACGGAAUUGAGAGAAUUGGGCUCAGCUCGUCUCCUUCUACGACAAACAGAUCCAAUGCAGUUGCUAAAAACUACAGAACCGGAAAGGUAUGCUCGUUUAGACAAUCUUUUGGCACGCUCUUACUUCGAUCCACGUGAAGUGUACCCCGAAGGCAGUUCGAAGGAAAAGCGGCGAGCUGCUAUUGCACAGUAUCCAUUGCCGAUUCUGUUUGAAUUGCGCAGUUUAAUUUUUUUCCAGUCAUUAUCAGCGGAGGUGAACGUUGUUCCACCAUCUCGAUUGCUUGCACUUCUGGCACAAGCGCUGAAAUGGCAGCAGCAUCAGGGACUUCUUCCACCAGGUACGCAGAUUGAUUUGUUUCGUGGUAAAGCAGCAAUUCGUGAGCAAGAAGAGGAGCGUUAUCCAACGCAGAUGGCACGUCAAAUCAAGUUUGGCAAGACAAACUAUCCUCACUGUUCACAGUUCUCACCUGACGGACAGUAUCUAGUAACCGGCUCGAUUGACGGAUUUAUCGAAGUUUGGAAUUAUAUGAACGGUAAACUGCGAAAAGAUCUGAAGUACCAGGCACAGGAUAAUUUCAUGAUGAUGGAUGGCUUAGUGUUGUGCUUGUGCUUCAGCCGCGAUUCCGAAAUGUUGGCCACAGCAAGCAUGCAAGGCAAAAUAAAAGUGUGGAAAGUGCAGACGGGGCAGUGUCUAAGGCGAAUUGAGAAAGCACACAGUAUGGGCAUCAACAGCGUGCAAUUUUCGCGAGACAAUGCCUAUGUCCUCUCCGCAUCGUUCGACACCUUUAUCAAGUAUACUAUGUUUGUGACUGCUUUCAGUGGACUCAUAGAUUUCCUGUGCAAUUUCAAUUUUUAUUAUUAUAGAGUUCAUGGCCUCAAAAGUGGCAAGUGUCUGAAGGAACUUCGAGGCCAUUCAAAUUUUGUUAAUGAUGCAAAGUACACAGAGGAUGGGCACAUGUGUGUCUCGGCAUCGAGUGAUGGAACAGUACGAGUAUGGAAUCUGAAAACCUGUGAAUGUAUCAGCACUGUGCGAGUAGCUGGUGAUACAAAAGUCAAUAGUAUUCAUCUGAUACCGAAAUCUGAUAAUCAGUUUAUCAUUUGCAAUCAGUCAAAUACAAUUAUCGUUAAGUCGAUGACUUCGGGCAAAACAGAAAAGGGCAAUUUUGUUGCUUGUACGGUGUCACCUCGUGGUGACUGGGUCUACUGUGUUGGCGAAGAUAAUGUGCUCUACUGUUUCUCAUUGGUUUUGGGUAAUCUGGAAAGUACUUUGCCGUUGCAUGACGAUCGAGUUAAUGGUCUCUGUCAUCAUCCGCAUCAAAAUCUGAUAGCAUCUUAUGCAGACGAUGGCUUGUUGAAGUUGUGGAAACCAUAA